UCUGUCUCCCUUCCUCUCUCUCUCUCUCUCUCUGCGAGUGUGUGUUUCUCUCGGUAGAACAUGCCAUCUCACAAAUGGCAGCUUCCUCUCACAAGAAGAACCGUUACACAAUUACGAUCUUCUUCUUGUUCCUUUGCUUGUUUCUCCUGAUCAUAUUCUUCUUCAGUAAACGAGCACUCGACUCCACACACAUUCUCUCCACAGAUUUCUCUUCCUCAACACAUCUUUUCUCUUCUUCACUUCUUUUUAAUUCUCCCCAAAACAAAUCCCAAAAUUCCACCGCCAUUUCAGCCUCCACAUCUAAUUCUCUCGCUGACCCAAAAAUCUUGGAAACAUCGCUUCAAAAACCUAUCCCACCAAUUUCCAAACCAGACUUUGUCGCAGAUUCUGAAUUUGAUGAUACCAUCAACAAGACUGAGUCGGUUGAUUCUGGGGUUGAAGAGAGAAGCCACCCACUUUCCAAAUCAGAGUUUGCCGUAGAUUCUGAAUUUGAGGAUACCAUCAACAAGAGUGAGUCGGUUGAUUCUGGGGUUGAAGAGAAGAACUACCCAGUUUCGGAAAAUGAAUCUGUUAGUGCAAUCACUAACAAUGGUGGUGAUGUUGAUAUUAAGAAGGUGAAUUGGGAUAAACAUUGCGAUUUGUAUGUGGGGACUUGGGUGAAAGCUGAGGAGUACCCACUUUACGAACCCGGGUCUUGCCCUUAUGUUGACGAAGCAUAUGACUGCCAAAUCAAUGGAAGGCGCGACUCUGAGUAUCUAAAAUGGCGAUGGAAGCCUGACGGCUGUGAUCUUCCACGGUUCAAUGCAACAGACUUCUUGGUGAGACUGAGAGGCAAACGGCUGAUGCUGGUUGGAGAUUCCAUGAAUAGAAACCAGUUUGAAUCCCUCUUAUGCCUUCUCCGUGAAGGCAUACCAGACAAGAACAAAAUGUAUGAAACCCAUGGCUACAAAAUCACAAAGGGAAGAGGCUUUUACAUUUUCAAAUUUGAGGAUUAUAACUGCACGGUGGAAUUUUUGCGUUCACAUUUCCUUGUUAGGGAAGGAACUCGCUUAAAUGGACAAGGGAAUUCAAAUCCAACCCUAUCAAUAGACAAAAUUGACAAAUCAGCUGGCCGAUGGAAGCGGGCUGACAUUCUCGUCUUCAAUACAGGGCACUGGUGGACUCACGGGAAGACCGCUAGGGGAAAAAACUACUAUAAAGAGGGUGAUUAUGUCUAUCCCCGGUUUGAUGCAGUGGAAGCUUAUAGGAAGUCUCUGAAGACCUGGACAAAGUGGAUUGAUAAAAACAUGAAUCCGGCAAAGAAGUUGAUAUUUUAUCGCGGCUACUCGUCUGCCCAUUUCAGAGGUGGAGAUUGGGACUCCGGUGGAACGUGUAAUGGGGAGACUCUACCUAUAUUAAAUGGGGCCUUCCUCAAUAAUUAUCCUUUGAAAAUGAAGAUAGUAGAGGAGGCAAUACAGGAAAUGCAUGUUCCAGUGACACUAUUAAACGUGACAAGGUUGACCAAUUUUCGCAAGGAUGGCCACCCAUCAGUCUAUGGCAAGAACCGUACCGAUGGGAAAAAGGUCUCUACCAGGCGGCAAGAUUGCAGUCACUGGUGCCUUCCUGGGGUCCCUGAUGCAUGGAAUGAACUAAUUUAUGCCACCUUGGUCUUCCAACAAACAACUUCUACCAAUCAUGUGUGAUGAGCUCUUGCCAUAUUUCAGUGCACUUGGUUGUAAUCUCUGUUUUGUGAAAGAAGCAAUGGAAAAACACGGAUUGCGAGUGUCAUCCUUUUCUGCCAUGUGCUGAAUUGCUUACAGGAUAGUCUAAGAUCUGGCUUGCUCUCAGCAUUACAGUUUCCAUCAAGUUCUGCACUAUGUUUGGCCAACAAAGCUGUCCUGUUAAGUGUCUGUUUGUCGCGUCUUCUGUUUAACUUAUAUUAUCACUUUUGACAAAGAGAUUAAGGCCUAUAAUGCAGAGGAGUAAGGUUAUCUUUA